UUCAAAAAAUCUGCGCCGUUCAGCCUCCAACCCGCGAGCACCACCCUUGUUUUGGUUACAUUCUUCAUCUUCGUCACAACAAAUGGCAAAGGAAUUGUUGAGUCUUGAAAAUGGCACAACAUGUUCAUCUUGGAACUACUCUUCCACGAGACUCGCUGCUGGUUCCGUUGAUGGCACAUUUUCAAUCUUCGAUUUCCAUGACCCUCCUUCUUCUUCCUCUCUGACCUCUACUUUCAAGUCUAAGGUUCAUGAAGGAAACAUUGUGAAGAUAGUUUGGGUUCCGCCGGAGUAUGGUGAUGCAGUUGCAUGUAUUUCUGCUGAUGGAAUUGUUUCAUUAUUAGAAGAGAUUGUCGAAGACUCACAGCCUCUUCAGUGGAAAAUUUGCAAAACCUUUAGAAGCAAUGCUAGCAAAGUUCUUGAUGUUCAAUUUGGAAUCUCUUCUACUCGUUUGAAAAUGGUUGCUGCAUAUUCAGAUGGUCAUGUGAGAAUUUUUGAGCUCUUGGAUCCUUUGGAACUAAGAAGUUGGCAGCUUCAGGCUGAAUUUCAAAAUGUUAUUGAAUCAGUGUCUUCAUUUGGAAAGGCUGUGUGCCUCUCUGCGUCCAUAUCUUUGAAUCCGCAAAAGGGUCAGGAAUCCAGCUUCAUUGUAGGUUUCAAUUCAAAUACACCAGAGCUUAAUUCUUCCAAGGUAUGGGAGUUUGACCAGGCUCAUCAGAGAUGGCUUCCCGUUGCAGAAUUAGCACUGCCCGAAGACAAGGGUGAUCAAGUUUACGCCGUCGCUUGGGCGCCAAAUAUUGGCAGACCGUAUGAGAUCAUCGCCGUCGCAACUCACAAAGGACUUUCAAUAUGGCACCUAGGAUUGAAUCCUGAUCAUAAUGGGAGACUUCCAGUAGAAAGAGUUGCACUGUUGUCUGGUCAUCAAGGAAUGGUAUGGCAAAUGGAGUGGGAUAUGAGUGGAAUGACAUUGGCUACUACAGGUAACGAUGGAAUGGUUCGAUUAUGGCAGUCAAAUCUCAACGGCGUUUGGCAUCAGCAAGCUGCGUUCGAACCUACUUCUUAGCAACCGUCGUAUGUUGAAGAUAAACCUCAAAUAUUUUGAGUGAUAAAUCUGCCUCUUUCAAUUUGUUGUAAGUAGUAUAGUAAGCUAGCAUGGAUUUUCCCCACACCACCAGGAUUAAUUAUUGAAUAGAACAAGACUUGUAUUAUGUUGUAGGUUAGAUGGACAACAUUCUCAUGUUACAUCAAAGAUAUUCAUGAAGAUAACUUUUCAAUGGUUGUGAUUAUCAAGAAUUACAAUUGCAACCGCUUGCCGUUCACACAAA